UGAGCCAUACAAAGCCUCGUUUGUUUCAGUUGAGUUCGCGCAAACGGCAAAGUGUUGCAUCGAAGACGGCAUUCCGUGAGUUUAUUGGCAACCGCGCGCUCACGGUUAGCGCGCGUGAGGCGGAUCGGACGUCGAAAGACAACACAUUCCGGUUUCGCCUUUCACAAGAAAACCAAAAGCGAGUCGCCUCGCCCGAGUUUCGCCGUUCGAGUGGACUGUUUCAUUUUGAAAUGACACCGCCGCACUUCCGGGUUGAGCUACGCGGGGAGUGGAAGCGAGUUGGGUAGUUAGUUAGUUGCCCGUUAGCAUUGGAGAAGAGGAGGCGGACUUGAGGACCGACGACCGAGCGACGGGGGCUCCCGCGUCCUAAAACGCAACGGUGGCGGUGGGAGGUGGCCGGAAGGCGGUCGAAGCCCAAAUGGCUAGCAUAGCCCCCCCAAACGAGACGCGCUUGAAUUAGGACGCGCGAUUCCAGCCGUAAAUUGAAAGCUCAUCCGUGGAGCGGAACUUUCUGUCAGCGGCGAUCCUGAAUGUGCGGGCGGUGAGCAUGGACGAGGACAACCAAGUACCUGACGACCUGUCGCCGGAGGAACGAGAUGAGCUGUGCAACAUCCGACGCAGGAAAAAGGAGCUGCUGGAUGAUAUUGAACGGCUGAAGUUCGAGAUAGCGGAAGUCAUGACGGAAAUCGAGCAGUUAACAUGCGUCGGGGAGAGCAAAACCACACAAAGAAACAAACAGAUCGCCAUGGGGAGGAAGAAGUUCAACAUGGACCCCAAAAAGGGGAUCCAGUUCCUUCUGGAGAACGAUCUCCUCCAGAACACACCGGAAGACAUCGCACAGUUCCUGUGCAAAGGCGAGGGCCUUAACAAGACCGUGAUCGGGGACUACUUGGGGGAGCGGGACGACUUCAACAUCAAGGUGCUGCAGGCGUUCGUGGAGCUUCACGAGUUUGCCGACCUCAACCUCGUACAGGCCUUAAGGCAGUUCCUGUGGAGCUUCAGACUUCCGGGCGAAGCUCAGAAGAUCGAUCGUAUGAUGGAGGCCUUCGCCUCCAGGUACUGUCAGUGCAAUCCUGGCGUCUUCCAGUCCACAGACACCUGCUACGUGCUCUCCUUCGCCAUCAUCAUGCUGAACACCAGCCUGCACAACCCCAACGUCCGAGACAAGCCGCCCGUGGAGCGCUUCAUCUCCAUGAACCGAGGCAUCAACGAGGGCGGAGACCUCCCGGAGGAGCUGCUCAGGAAUCUGUACGACGGCAUCAAGAGCGAGCCCUUUAAGAUCCCGGAGGACGACGGGAACGACCUGACGCACACCUUCUUCAACCCGGACCGCGAGGGCUGGCUGCUCAAAUUAGGCGGCAGAGUGAAAACCUGGAAGAGGCGAUGGUUCAUCCUGACAGACAACUGCCUCUACUACUUUGAAUACACAACGGACAAGGAGCCUCGCGGGAUUAUUCCCCUGGAGAACCUCAGUAUCAGGGAGGUGGACGAGCCCAGGAAGCCGAACUGCUUCGAGCUGUACAACCCCGACCACAAGGGUCAGGUGAUCAAAGCCUGCAAGACGGAGGCGGACGGCCGCGUGGUGGAGGGCAACCACGUCGUCUACCGGAUAUCGGCGCCCACGCCCGAGGAGAAGGACGAGUGGAUCAAAUCCAUCAAGGCCAGCAUCAGCAGAGACCCCUUCUACGACAUGCUCGCCACCAGGAAGAGACGUAUCGCCAACAAGAAGUGACGAAGAGGGCCAAAAAUGGCGACGGUUUUUAUUAUUUUUUUCGGAGAGGGGGGGGGGGGGGGGCUGAAUGGGGGUGCGCCCUGUGGGAGGGGCCAGCUGUGUGCACGCACACACGCAAGUGGACUUUUUGUUCACGCGCGCCUCAUCCUCCCUCGCCUCAUUCUGCUAAAACAAGUUCCUAUCAUAGACCGAUGUGUUUCUUCUCUCCACUGUGCUGCAUGACGGAGAUGUCGGACUGUGACCUCAGCAAGUGAGCAGGUUUGGAUUUUUGAGAAAAAAAGAAAAAGACAACCCCAAAAAACAACAACAACAACAACAACUCCAGUCUUGAGUCAGCUGGACUGAUUUCGUCCAAUCGUGAAGGGCGGACAAUUGCCUACUGUGCCGCGCACCUUUUGUUUGAAGUCAAGAGCGUCUCCUCCGAACGCGCGUCUGGGCUGCACUGAAAAGAACGACGCCAAAAUACAUAUUACAGCAAAGCCGCAAAAGUUGUUUCGCAUCAAGCGAGUUGUCAUCUUAUGAGGAACAAAUGGCGCUGAACAAGAAUGCAAUUUUACAAGAAUUCUUCAUAUUACGAGAAAAUGGAUUGUGGAAAAAGUAUUUUACUAGACUAUGGUCUUAAUAUUAUCAUGAUAAAAUUGUAAUUUCAAAACAAUCAAGUUGUCAUUUUACAAAAAAAAAAAUAGUUUCAAUUUUCCGGAAUGAAGUCAUUAUUUUAUGCUCAUAAAGUUCCAAUAUUACAAGAAAAUAGUUUACAUUUUUUUGUAU